AAAAAAAAAAAAAGCGCAAGCAGUGACCGUUUCCAAUAGUCUCCGUCCUCCAUGUUCGCUCUGUAAAUUCUCUCUCUCUUUUCCGAUUCUUGGAAAUCUGUUCUUAAUUCUCACUCUAUCUACGAUCAGAACUUUUUUUUUGCUAUCUUAAUUGCUGUUCAAGGAUUUCAUUUUAUAAAAAAUUAUUAUAAGUUUUACGUGCAUUGAUUUUUAGUUUGAAGCAGCUCCUCUCCAUUGCUGACACGACGCCGUUUGAUCAACCUUUCUAAAAACAAAAAAAAAAUUCUUUUCGGAUUUUCAGCUUUUGAUUCCGAUUGAUUAUUUUGUGCUUUGGACGAGUUGAUGUGGAGAUUGGUGUAGAAGGAGCGAAUUGCAGUUUCAAAGAUGGUCACUGGGAGCAACAUAGAUAUGCGACUGAGCCUAGAUGAUCAUCUGCAAGGGCCCAAUGGUAAUUUAGAAGAUAGUUUGCAGAGUGAGCUAGAGUUGAUACUGCAAGCACAGCAGAAUCAGCAUUUAGUUGAUCGAGAAAAGGAUCUCAAUAUAUUUAGGAGUGGCAGUGCUCCACCAACUGUUGAGGGAUCAUUAAGUGCCGUGGGUAGUCUUUUUAAGGACUCCCAUUUUAGUAAUAUUAGUAGCAUUAGGAAUAGUAGCAGUAAUAAUUUAGUUCUGACUGAUGAUGAGAUUCGCACACAUCCAGCAUAUCUUUCAUAUUAUUAUUCUCAUCAUAGCAUAAAUCCGAGACUACCCCCACCAUUGCUGUCAAAAGAGGAUUGGCGUGUUGCUCAAAGGUUUCAGGCUGGUGGGUCUUUGCGUGGAGGCACUGGGGACUUGAGGAGGAAGAAGUUGGUUGAUGAGGGCAAUGGUUCAUCACUUUUUUCGACGCAGCCAGGAAAUUCUGUACAGAAGCUGGAGAAUGAUUUGAUGGAUUUAAAGAAUGCCAAUAGAAAUAAUUUCUCUAUGCAGAACUCAGCCGAGUGGCUUGAUAGGUGCUCAGGUGGUUUAACUGGAUUGCAGGGUGUUGGGCUUGGUGGGAGGAGGAAGAGUUUUGCUGACAUUCUUCAGGAAGGACUUGAUAGACCUGCUUCUUUAUCAGGCCACCUAUCACGCCCAGCCAGUCAUAAUGCUUUUGGUGAUCUCCUGGGCGCAACUGGGAUAUGUGAUCAUCAACCUGGGUUAUGUGGUGGAUUGGAGUCCUUAGAGGGCUUACGUUCUGGAUCUGCUUCUCCUGGCUUGGUAGGAGUUCAAAGCCAUGGAACAGCUGUUUCUCAUUCUUUCCCAUCUGCACUCAGUUCUUCACUGUCAAGAAGUACAACACCUGAACAGCAGUUAGUUGGGAGGUCUCCUAGUUCUGGUCUUCCUCCUGUGGGGAGCAGAGUUGGCCAUCUUGAGAAAAAGAAUAUUGUUGGCCCUACUGCCCCAAAUGGUCAUUCUUCUGGCAUAACUGAGCUUGGUGAGAUUGUGGCUACUUUGUCUGGUUUAAACCUAUCAAAGAUUAGGCAUGCAGAGCAGGAUAGUCUUGUAGAUCUGACCAAGCAGCAGGAUUUUCUUUUCAAUACAUCCAGUGGUCAUAAUCGUCUGCAGCAACAACUCAUAGAAAAAUCCAAUGCAGAAAAUCUCGCAUUUUCUACCAACUACAUUGAUGUAGCAAGGAAAAACAGGGUCCUGCCAAACCUGGACACUUCUGAGUUUAAUUCUCACGGGGAGGUUAGUAUUCCCAAAAGAACUUCUUCUUUUGCAAAUCUUCACUCAAAAGUGAAUUCCUCAGGCAUUGGAGGUUUGGAAAGAUCAAAUGGUCAUCAGCAAAAUGCAAAUACUGUUAGUAUGGAUUUUGUCAGCCACGUACCUGGUGCCUACCCCAUCAAUCAGAAGCGGGAUACAGCGCUCAAAAACCAUCUUGAUGCAGGUUCAGCUUUAGGUGGUUAUGGAAUUGAGCACAGUUUGAAUAGAGCAGGAAACCAAGCAGGGCUUGAUCCUCAUUCUCCGGUUAUGGACUCGCUUUAUAUUCAGAACUUGCGAAGAACUUCUGAUUAUGCAACGCAUACAAAUGAUCCCCAGGUUAGAAACCUUUUUGCCACUUCACAUGGAGACUUGGAUGGGAUUCAGAAAGCAUACCUUGAAGCAUUGCUUGCUCAACAAAAACAACAAUAUGAGCCUGCACUGGUUAAGUCUGGCAGUUUGAAUCAGGGUUACCAUAGGAAUUCACCAUAUGGUCUCGGCAUGCCAUAUGGCCCAUAUCUGGGGAAUUCAAUGGCAAACUCUGUGCUUCCUUCUGCUGGAUCUGGAAAUUUUCAGGAUGAGCGAGUUGCACACUUUACUUCUAUGGUGAGAAACUCAAUGGGAGGAUCCAUUGGGUCAUGGAACUCUGAUGUUGGCAACAACAUGGAAAGAAUAUAUGUGUCAUCGUUAUUAGAUGAGUUCAAGAACAACAAAUCCAGGUCUUUUGAACUCUCUGACAUUGUUGAUCAUGUUGUUGAAUUCAGUACGGAUCAGUAUGGGAGUCGUUUUAUUCAACAGAAACUUGAAACUGCUACUGUUGAAGAAAAGAACAAGAUAUUCCCCGAAAUUAUCCCUCAUGCGCGCACCCUGAUGACUGAUGUGUUUGGAAAUUACGUCAUACAGAAACUUUUUGAGCAUGGUACAGAAAGUCAAAGAACAGAGUUAGCCAGUCAGCUUACUGGUCAUGUUUUACCUCUCAGCCUUCAGAUGUAUGGGUGCAGAGUGAUUCAGAAGGCCUUGGAGGUAGUUGAUGUGGAUCAGCAAACUCAGAUGGUGGCAGAGCUUGAUGGUUCGGUCAUGAAAUGCGUUCGUGAUCAGAACGGUAAUCAUGUUAUUCAGAAGUGCAUAGAGUGUGUACCUGAAGAUCAAAUUCAGUUCAUUAUCUCAGCUUUCUAUGGGCAAGUUGUGGCACUUUCCACCCAUCCUUAUGGCUGUCGCGUUAUUCAGAGGGUCCUGGAACACUGUAAGAACAUGAAUACACAGGAAAUUAUUAUGGAGGAAAUUAUGCUAUCUGUUUGCAUUCUGGCACAAGAUCAAUAUGGGAAUUAUGUUAUUCAGCAUGUCCUUGAACAUGGCAAACCGCGUGAACGAUCUGUUAUCAUUAGCAAGCUUGCAGGACAAAUUGUAAAUAUGAGUCAGCAGAAAUUUGCUUCUAAUGUUGUGGAGAAGUGCCUAACUUUUGGUGGUCCUGAGGAGCGUCAAAUUUUAGUGAAUGAGAUGCUUGGUUCCACUGAUGAAAAUGAGCCCUUGCAGGCCAUGAUGAAAGAUCCAUUUGGAAAUUAUGUUGUUCAAAAGGUUCUUGAGACCUGUGAUGAUCGGAGUCUUGAGUUGAUUCUUUCUCGUAUCAAAGUCCACUUAAACACCCUGAAGAGGUACACUUAUGGUAAACAUAUAGUUUCUCGUGUUGAGAAGCUCAUCACCACAGGAGAAAGGCGCAUAGGACUGUCAUCCUCAUCCUCAUUUGCCUCACAAACUUAAACUAGAAAUGUCGAAGGCUCUUUUUCUUUGCCGCAGCGGAAAGACAGUAAAAAGAGGACAUAAUAUUUGUACAGCUAACAUGGAAGGUGAUUUUCACAAGUUUGUCAUCUCAUCUUUAUCUUCUACAAAGAUUAUCGUUGUAAAUAAAACCAAAUUUCAGGCCUACAGAAUAAGAUCUUUAUGUUAAUAUCCUUACUGUAUAUUCAGCUUUCUCUAUGUAAUCUAUAAUUGAGACUUUGACAAUAUUAGGUAGGAGGUCAGAAUGGCAAUUCACAGUUGCUUACUCCUUUCAAGAGCAAAAUAUCUAUGGUAUGUAAAUAGGUAUCAAGUGUACAUGUAUAGAAGGUGUAAAAAAUGAGUAUUAAAUAAUCUUGGUUUUUAUCA